AUGCCUGGUCAUGUCGCACAAAUGCAGAGGCUAUUCCAGAACGCGAAGGCUUCCUUGCGCCUAGAUGUCCGCUUCGCAUCUUCCCCAGUCGGUUCCAUCGAUUCGAGACUACCGAAUAGUCCUGAAGAGGCCACAAAUGAUAUUACCGAGACAGGUCUACUCGUCGAUGUCAGAAAAGAGCCGCCAACAGAAACACCAUCGAAGAAUUGGAGGUACUCAAGAGCUCCCGGUUCUCUCGCAGGACUUGAUACGGACGUCAGAGAGCCUUUUCCAGAAGGCUCACCACAACUUCCGGCAAUGCUCCCGUUGGCUGUCGGACACAGCAACGCCUUUGUCGCAGAACCAAUGAGCAGCGGGUUUACUUCCCCUCUUGACCAACCCAGCUUCAACUUGCAGGUGGAAGACGUGUCUAUUGUGUCAUCACCACCUAUGCCUCCAGACUUUGGGAACGAGUCUGAGGUACCGGGUAGUCCAUGUCCAGGAGAGGAUAUGUCGGCGAGUGUAUUGGAGCAUCCGCUGACCAAGCUCCGAGUGGACGACGACCAUGAGAUGGAUGUUGACUCAGCCGAUGAAUCACCUAUCAUCACCCAUCUGAAGCGGAAAUCUGUAGACGUGGAGGACAAGUACCGGGAGACAUCAUCUGGGUCAGAAGAGAGGAUCGUUCUGUCUCCCUCGGCUAGGGCUGCAGCUAAUUCUGCAAAGCUGAAGCGAGGACUGUUCACCGACCUGUUCCCUCAGCCACCAACGCACAAAGGCAGUAGUGACGGCACCCUGUCCUCCUCAAGCGACGCACAGAACUCUAGCAAACGAUGUCCAGACCCUCUUUUGCACGAGGGUGGACCAGCGGUGCUAUGUCCUGACCCGACAGCUCAUUUCGUGUCCCAUGUGCCGAAUAUUGCCGGGCACCACAACGCCAUCCCCGUUCCCAAUGCAUACCCAGGCCAGCAUAUAGCUUCAAGUGGAUUUGGGCAUCCUGCUGUGCACUUCAACCGUGCCACCGCGACAGGAAGCCCAUUGCCUCUUCUGAAAACUAGGCCACCGCCAGCUUCAACAAUGGUCGGGCGGGGCCAAGGUUCAUGGUAUCCGCCAACCGAGUUCUUGACCCGUCCUCGGCCUCAACACCGAUACCAUCCUCACCACCUCAAUUCCGCGUAUAUCUCUACGGCAUCCGAACACUUUCAGCCAGGGUGGUAUUACGCGAAAGACAGUCCCCAAUCAUCACCAAGGCCUCGGCCCGCAAUGUACUCUUUUUCAACGGCAGCAGCUAAAGUCACCGGACACGACCCGGCGCCUGACUCCAUGAUCCGUGACUCGUACAGAACAGACACCUUGACACCACUAGCAAAGCCGCCAAGCCGUUUCAGGAAGAAUGGUAUGAGUGCCAUUGCGAGUGCCCGAGGUGCAAACAAACACCAUGGUGGUGCACCAUUUCUGUCGAGACCUCCGCAACGUCGCAUGCACUCUAUGAGAGCACGGUUGCCAGACAGUCUCAAAUUCAGAAGCAGCCCACCACGGUCUUUCGUGGAUCCUGCUCAGGUGUCACAGCCCAGGAAGAGGUCCCGCGAUCUCGUGUCGCCAACCACUGGGAUCCUUGAGGAUGAGACGGCGCAGAAGGUGCUGGUAGAGCCUCGAUUACGACUCGAGGAAGGCGAGGAGAUGAUUGAAGUAGACGAAGAAACACGCGCUGCCGUGCGAAUGAGUCUCUUCGGUGCUGCGACUCCAGAGACUGGCAGCGAGGCUGGAAGUGGGCUGAAAGAGCUGAGUCCUAAUGUCAUGCUGUACAGAAAGGGUACUGGACCAUCUGGUAGCCGAAAGAAACGACGACCCAGCUAUUGGGAUGGAGACCUUGAGGAAGUGGUUCGGAGUCCGGCGGCACGGCAUGUUGUUUCGUCACCAAUCAAGAAGGACGAUGUGAGAUCUUUGCAAGCGGAUGUCGAAUUCCAUGACGAUGAUGCCGACAAGGAAAACCACAUGCAGGCGGCUGAUAGUGAACGCCAAAACGUCGGAAGGCUGGCAGAGCGCCCAAUGGCUUUGCAAAAUGCCAUCGGGGUGGAAAGUCAAGACAUAUGCGGCAACAACUAA